CGCCGGGCGGGCUCAAGACCCGUGGGCGCGGAGGCGAGGGGGCGCGGCCGGCGAGGGGGCGUGGCCGGCAGGCGGCGUGCGGGGCGCCCCCCUGACGCCAAAUGGUCGCGCCCGGCGGCGACGGCCAAUGGGAGGCCGGGAUGUUGGAGCGGCGGUGGCGGUCGGGGCGCUCGCUGGCUGGGGGGUGGGGGGGGACGGCGGUCGCCGCCAUGAUGCUUGUUUGCUUUCAAUGAAAACGAGGGGGGCGCGGAGGAAGAGGCGGCGGCGUCGGUGGCGGCGGCGUCCGCGGCGCAGCAGCGAAGGCGGCGGUGGGCGCUGCGAGGAGAGCGAGGCCCGGGGCCCAGCGGGCGGGAGGGUGUAGCGGCGGCCCGUCGGGGCGGCUGAGGCGGGCGGCUGACAAGGUGGCGCUCGGAGGGGAAACAAAGAGCGGCGGCUGAGGCGGCGGCGCUGCAGCAGCGGGCGGGACUGGUAUGGUGGUUCCACAGGUCAGACCCCGCUGCACUCACUGGCAGGAGGCGGCGGCAGCGGCGGAGGAAGGCGACGCACCCCGAGAGAAUAGUCCUGACACCUGUUUGUUGAAGGCAGCAGACCAGUUAUCCUGCAGGAAGUCCCGCAUUCUUAUUUUGUCCGAUUGCUUCUUUGGUGUCAUCUGGCCACGUCCUCUAGUGCUUAAUCAAGGCAUGCCCAAAGAAAAAUACGAGCCUCCUGACCCUCGGAGGAUGUAUACAAUUAUGUCCUCUGAGGAAGCAGCAAAUGGCAAGAAGUCACAUUGGGCAGAGCUUGAAAUCAGUGGAAAAGUAAGAAGCUUAAGCUCAUCUUUGUGGUCACUUACUCACUUGACAGCUUUGCAUCUGAGUGACAAUUUUCUGUCCCGCAUUCCUUCAGACAUCGCCAAGCUUCACAAUCUGGUGUAUCUGGACCUGUCCUCUAAUAAAAUUCGGAGUUUACCGGCAGAACUCGGAAACAUGGUAUCACUCAGGGAACUCCAUUUAAAUGACAACCUGUUACGAGUUCUACCUUUUGAGCUGGGAAAACUGUUUCAAUUGCAGACAUUAGGCCUCAAAGGAAAUCCACUUACACAGGACAUAUUGAACCUCUAUGUGGAACCAGAUGGAACAAGAAGGCUACUGAACUAUUUACUUGAUAAUUUGGCAGGUACUGCAAAAAGAAUUUCAACAGAACAGCCACCUCCAAGAUCUUGGAUUAUGUUACAAGAACCAGACAGAACAAGGCCAACUGCCUUGUUUUCUGUCAUGUGCUAUAAUGUUCUUUGUGAUAAAUAUGCGACCCGGCAGUUAUACGGCUACUGUCCGUUAUGGGCACUAAAUUGGGACUACAGGAAAAAGGCCAUUAUUCAGGAGAUCUUGAGCUGCAAUGCUGAUAUAAUAAGUCUUCAGGAGGUUGAAACAGAACAGUAUUACAGUUUUUUUCUGGUAGAACUGAAAGAACGUGGCUAUAAUGGAUUCUUUAGUCCUAAAUCUAGAGCUAGGACAAUGUCAGAACAAGAAAGAAAACAUGUUGAUGGCUGUGCAAUAUUCUUCAAAACGGAGAAAUUUACUUUGGUUCAGAAACACACUGUUGAAUUUAAUCAGCUAGCAAUGGCAAAUUCAGAAGGGUCUGAAGCUAUGCUGAACAGAGUCAUGACAAAAGAUAAUAUUGGAGUUGCAGUACUGCUAGAACUUCGAAAGGAAUUGAUUGAAAUGUCAUCUGGAAAAUCCCAUCUUGGAACAGAAAAACAGCUUAUUCUUGUGGCAAAUGCUCAUAUGCAUUGGGACCCUGAAUACUCUGAUGUGAAGCUGGUUCAAACUAUGAUGUUCCUCUCAGAAGUAAAGAACAUUAUUGAUAAAGCCUCACGAAACUUCCACUCCAGUACAUUGGGAGAAUUUGGGACUAUUCCACUGGUGUUGUGUGCAGAUCUUAAUUCUUUACCAGACUCUGGUGUUGUAGAGUAUUUGAGCACUGGUGGAGUAGAAACAAAUCAUAAAGACUUUAAGGAACUGCGAUACAAUGAAAGUCUUACAAACUUCAGCUGUAAUGGAAAAAAUGGGACAACCAAUGGGAGGAUCACUCAUGGGUUCAAGUUGAAGAGUGCCUACGAAAGUGGCCUGAUGCCUUACACAAAUUACACGUUUGAUUUCAAGGGGAUAAUUGACUACAUCUUCUAUUCGAAACCUCAGCUGAAUACCUUAGGCAUCCUGGGACCUCUGGAUCACCAUUGGCUAGUUGAGAAUAACAUCAGCGGCUGCCCACACCCACUCAUCCCCUCUGACCACUUCUCACUUUUUGCACAACUGGAGCUCUUACUGCCUUUCCUGCCACAAGUCAAUGGCAUUCACCUUCCUGGCAGGAGGUAGUCAAGGACCUUCAGAGGAUAACCUCAGUUUCACUUGUAAGCUCAUAGAAAUCUGAAUUUAGGGGAGUGAGAUAUGGCCAUUAGGAUUUUUUUUUGGUCUUUUUUUUUUUUUUGUCUUAAUAACAAUUUAAAUUUUCAAUCAGAUGAUUUGAUAAGGACAUAUAGUAUGAAAGCCAGGUGCUAACAACAGACAUAUUCUGAGCCUGAUAUGCUUUAUAUACUGUUAGACAGGGGUCGGUGUGUUUGCACCUGUCUUUAAUUUGUUACAAGUGAUUUUCCUGUUUCUUCUCUCCAAUGUAAUUUCAUGCCUUGAAAUAGGAAAAUGUUUGAACAGCAUAUUCUCUUUGCACAGAAAUCCUGUAGCACUACUUUUUUAAGGCCAGUAAUAACAUCACAGACUAUUCUUUCCAUACUCUGCUCCCUUCUUUUUCAGACUUGUUUGUAAAAUAGUAGAUUUGAAUUUAGCCUUUAUGAUUGUAUAUGAUCCACAGAAAACCUGAUUUAUUAAAUUUUGUACUAAAAAAAUCAGAUUUGGAAAUGAUUGUAUUGUAAAACUAAGGCUAAGUUGUUGUUGUUGUUGUUGUUUGUUUUUGUUUUUUUAAAAACCUGUUUCAUGUGUUACAAAGGCCAGCUUGUGAAAGAAGUUGCAACAGACUUUUCUCUGCUGAUGAUUUGCACUGUUGGGGUUUUGUUAGCCCUGUUGUACUACUUUAUUUUAAAUUGAGAACAUUGCUCUUUAAAUCUAAAUCUGUUUAAAGCUUCUGACAUUUUCUCAGACCAGAGAUAUACUCAUGAAUUCCUGGGUUUUUACAAAAACUAUACCAGGACAGAUAAGCUGAGCAGUGAUUAUCUGUAGGCAUUUAUGGACUGAAUGUAAUGGUUGAUAUAUGUACAUUCUGAUAUUUUUAAAUCUUUAAAUUUUUUUUUAAGUUUAAAAAAAUAUUCCAGCUGCUUAGUACAGCUUCUUAACUACUUUUUGAGACUCUUGCUGUCCUAUCUCCACUGUGCCUGCCUAAAUGUGUUCUCACCAAGCACUGCCUGUGCAUGCAGAGAGAAUCUGUGCAUCCUCUUUUAUAUUUUUUACAUACUGUUUAACAUUCAUAAGAAUUUUAUAAAACUGCUUUUGUAUGAGCUGUGGCUUCCCGUUUCCCCACCCCCCAUCGUGAAAUGUUGAAUUUCACAUUUUGGAACAUGUUCCUAGGGUGGGUCCCUGGGUCUUUGCUAACCAGACCCAAGCACUGCUUAUUGGUGUCAUUGUACAGUGCUUGCUGCUCAGGGCAUCAGAAUCUCGUUCAGUGCUGUCACCCAGAAUACUACUAUCAUGUGAAUUUGUUUUUGUUCUCCAUAUAUUCCUUAGUCCCUGUGAUGGAAAAAAAAAAAUCAUUCCUUUUUAUAAAUAUAUAUAUAAACAUAUGAAAUAUGUAAUUUUCCGUUUAUGAAGCAGUAUAAAUGAGAUGUAUUUUCUAAAUGGGUCCCUAAGGCAAUUAUUCAGAUCAUUUUUAAAGUGACUGUUGUUUUAAUACAUCUACCAAGAUAAAAGUUACAUUGUACCCCAAAUUUUGCCCAUAGUGCCAUUGGUAGAUAUAUAGACUGAGGCCUGCUUUCACCUUGUAAAGUUAACCCAUAUGUUUUCUGUUGUCAUUUACUCAUUCUCUCAAAAAUCAAAUGAAUUCAGAGGGAGCUUGGUCUUAACUGCUUUUGUUUCAACUGCAGGCAGGGGAGCAAAAGGAAUAAUACCAUGUGAGCAUGAAGAAAAAAAACCUGUUGAAUGUUCUUAGCAAUUUUUAUACAGAGAGUGAGUCAUUUUGAAUAAUGACUUAAAUUUUAUGAAAAAUGUUUAGCACUUAAACAGUGCUUCUUCUGUUUUUAAGAGAAAAUAAAAUUACAUACUGUUUAAAUAAUUGAUUUUUUUUUUUUUUCUUUUUAAAAAAUUUUCUGAAAAGGUUUUUGAUCUUGAGUCUUUGGGACCUGGUUUUUCCUUUGUGUUUUUUUUUUUUUUUUAAAGAUUUUGUUGUGAUAGUUUAUUUUAUUUUUUUUGCUUUUUGUUUAAGUUUUGCUGACACCAAACACAUCCAGUUUAUAAUUAGUACAUUGGAAAGCAGUUAUUAUUGAUGUAGAAGCAAUGAAUAAUUUUUAGGGGACUUUGUCUUAUUUUAUUUUUUUGUAAAGUGUGAAUAAAAGAUGUGUUUACACAUUUUUCCUAAACACUGUGUUGGUAAUGUGCAUCAUGACAAUUUCUAGCGAGAAAUUGAACUGGGGCUAGUUGGACUGAUGUCAUAGAUGAAAUCAACCGCUUUUCCAAUGAUCCGAAUUACGUAGAAACAGGUCCAAGAGAGCUUUAUAGAAGGGGCGGGGGAGGUACUUACUCAAUUUGUAUUUGUUAAUGGAGGACGUGUUCUUUUCAUAGAUGCUGGAACACAGUGCACUUGUUAGAGGCUAAAGGUUUGAGCUUUACACAAAAUGUUUCCAUCUGUAUUUGUUAAUUGUCAACAAUGUAUUUGAAAAUGGGGGCAGCACAGUAAGAUGUAAUAGGCCCUUGUGUCUUGAAAAUACUUAUUCUUGCCUCUUGGAGGCACACUACAUUCUGUGGGUCAGUUUGAACAGCAUCUCCACAUUACUUAGGUGGUGAUAAAUUGAACCAGGAGUAUAAGAUUUGCAACUGUCGCCUACAGUAAAAAAAAACAUUUUGGGUCUACAGAGAACAAAUGGAUGGUCACACCAAAAUACAUUUUGAUACUCUUGUUAAGCAGAAUGUUGCGUUUUAAACAUUUUCUUUGUCCCAGGUAAUUCCCAGUCAUCCAUAUGCCCUAAAAAUGCAAUAAAAGUGGGAUGUUUUCACAGUAUAAGAUUUCUCUUCAAAAUUUCUGUAACAAAUACAUCUAAUGUACUAUUGUCAUGUGUUCUUGCUGGAUAGAUUCGUCUUAGGAAGACUUUACAGAAAUCUUGGCUGAUCAUCUCUGUUAUAACGAUCACAAAUUUGGAGACUUGAUUCCUUAUGACUCUUGAAGUACAGUUUACUAGUGAUAUUUAUGCUUUGAGAUUUUUAAAUAAUGUUCAAAAUUAAUUUAUGGCAUAAUUUAAACUAAAGUUGGAGAAACAAAGGAGAUAGGCAAGGAAUAUCUCUGAGAAAAAGAAGUUCCUAUUUUUACUUGAUUCGGUUACUACCAGGAAGACUUAUUCUGAAAUAGCACUUUGAAACUUAAGGAUAUUAUUAAAUUGGGUGGGAUGCACUUCUAAACGUUGAUAUGAAAUAUUUCAAAGCUCUUCUUUUACAGUUUCAGGUUUUUCCAGUUUUAGUAGUCUUUAAUACUUUUUUUUUUUUUUAAGCUCAUAGAAUUAGUUUUCAUAGUGACUUUUUAAGGUUUUGGGGUCAUGUCACUUAAGGACAGAAACCAACCUAGGCAAAAACACUGCUGUUCUUUAAUGACCUAAUGAGAAUACUCAGUACAAAUGCUGCAGGUAAUUCAAGGAACACCUUUAGCAAGGGUUUCUCCCCUGUUCAUAAACAGUGUUUAAGAUGUUCGCUUUGCUCUUCUUUGGGAUUACAGAAGUUUUAAUUACUAGUAUGUUGAAGUAGUGUCUAAAAUAUAGUUAUCUAGUGUUUUUAUUUACAGUACAUUAUAUGGUGUAAUGCACUGGACUAACUUUUGUUUACCAUUCUUGUAACAAAUCCCAGCACAUUAUCUGCACUAAGCUCAAAGAAUGUCUCAUUUGCCUAGGCAGCUCUUCAAUGAUAAGGGUAGUGGGGAACUGAAUAAUUACCUAUAGACUGGUGGCAACAAGGGCUUUUACUGUUCUUUUCAGUGGAACCUUUUGGUCAAAUUGUAACUAGCUAGUAUUAUAUUUAUAUACAGGGUCUUUUUUCUUUACCAAUGUAUUUUCCUACUCAUAGCCAACCAAUAAAUUCAAUAUCUGUUUCAAAUA